AAUAAUGUAAAGAUAUGAAUAUGAAGACCGCAUGGCACUAUGAUAACACCAUCCUCGCUGAGUCUAAAUCGGGUUCAACCCGUAAAUCUAAAUUUAGAUCUUUGGGUUGGACCCACAUUAGACUGUAGUCCAAGCCACCUCAAGUCGAUAAUGGUCUCAUUGUUUCGUUUUAGCCAAUCAAAGUUCAGAAUAGGGUCUGAGCGCCAUAAAAUUGGAUGCGAGCUGCCGAUGCCGCUACUAGAAUAUUACUUAGCGAUCUGUACAAGUCUCCAUUAAGUCCAUAUACUAAGUCAUAGAUAUCUAUAGCUCACAUUUUCAAGUUUACAUUCGUCCUCAAUUAUGAGUUUUCCGGUUCGCGGGAAAUACACUAGGAUCAGCGACAAUCAAAGAGAAAUCCUUGUAAAKCACUAUAACAAUGGCAUGACAAGCAAGGCCGUUGCGUACAAGGACCAAAUAGAGGCUGCUGCCAAAGAGAGCAAGCUGACCGUGGAUCAAGUAAAGAAAUGGAUUGGGAACGAGAAAUCUCGGCGACGUGCUGCCGCUACUUCAUCAACAGCCGCCUCUGCCAUUGCGCCCAAAAGCCCCAAAAAGCUACCAGGCUUUAUCAAAGGACAGAAUAAGUAUAAUGCUUUCUGUUCAGAAGUCUUUAAAUCUGAUGAAUAUGCUGGAAUUGAGAUGAAGGACAAAAAUAAAAAAGCGGCACAGCAAUGGCGAGAAAUACCACAAGAAAAGAAGGAAGAGUAUGUACAAAAAGCAAAAUGUGCCUCAUCAAAUUGUGAUUCUGAGGAGCAACGCGAUGAGAUAAUAAAAAAACAUAAAAAACAGCUUUUCAAUGAGGUUAUGUUUCUAGAAGACAUGGGUUGUGAGAUAGCCAUAAUUCUAAUGGAACCAUCUGGGCAAAUAUUCAAUUUUGGGUCUUCUGGUGGUGAAAGCUUCCUGUCUUCUAAUGUGGAGAUGACACUUAAAUUCAAGGAGCAUUUUGCUUGCAAUAAUGAGAAGUAUGAUUAUCAAGAUUUGACAAAGAUGUUCAACGAAAAAUACAGUGAAGCUGUUGGAAAGAUGUGCCGGGUUCCAUAUUUGAAAGGUGGAUUUUUGGUUAAAGGUUUGCCUGAAGGUAUCCCUUUCCGCAAACCCACUCAUUAUGGACACAAACAAAUUCAAGCUAUCAUGUCAUGCAAGGACAACAUAGUUUUUGAAAUAACUCCUGAUCAAUGCAGUACUGACAACAAAGAAGAAAGUCAAGUAGAACCAGAGAAUGCUCCCAACAGUAAAAAGGAACUUCUGACAAAGAUUUGUGGAGAGGAAGUUGCAAGAAGGAUUUUAUCAGGAAUUGACCAGCAAAUUAAAGAAGAUGAAGUUGAAGUUGUUGGGCUUGAGUUAGAACAAGAUGAGCGCCUGAGACUGUGCCACAACGAUGUUUUGAAACAUUUUGAUGAUGAUGCAAUAACAGCUAUAAAGGAGAACCUUAUCCAUUCCUCCGAUGUGGGAGGUAUGGUAUUACCUAUCUACACUAUGGCCGACGAAGAGUUCUGGCUGUUUUACUGCAAUGACAGACACCCUAAAAGUAUUAACCGCUUAUCUGGAAGGAAACCAGUUAAAGGGUACUGGCUGGACUUAGAUACAAAUAGUCAAAGUGGGAACUACAAGCUGCUGGAUCAAAAAACAGAAAUCAAAGCAGAAGCACUAGUGAUGUCAGCAGUUGGGCCAUUAUACCUGACCACAGAAAUGAAAAUUGAAGAAGGACAAAUUUUUAAACCUUCUCUUAACUUCAAGAAGGCAAUAUUUGACACUCUUUCAGAGCAAGGAUUCCUUAAGAACUUACGUUAGAAAGCAAAUUCAUUAGUCUGUAGUCUUCGAACAAAAUGAAGCUUGUGCAUCUGUAAUAAAAUAAAGAUUUUUAAAAAGUGCCAAUUGGACCAAAAUCAAUGAAAAUUGAAAAUAACUUUGAAUUUACUGAAGCUGAAAUGAUUUCCGUGAAGCAGUAUUUUGCUUACAUACAAAGGAGAUACAUAUACCUAUUUCAAAAAAGGUCGUCAGAUAAAUUGUUUGGCGACUUGAUGAAAUGGUAAUUGUCAAACAGCGAUUGCACGACCGAAAUUAAAUUAGCCAUGGGUUUUGCCAAUGGAUGGGGAAUAACUGAUUUUAUCAUUGGCUCCAUUUAGUCUCCAUUUUCACGCAAAUAAACCCAACAAUUCAAUUUUUUGUGUGUCAAAGAACGCAACCAUAGUUCCUUUCGGUCGUCCAUUCUCCCUUCGACAAUCGCCGCUCGCCGUUAUUCUCCACGACGACGUUUUUUGUCAAUUUUUUUGUCAUUUUUAAUUUGUUAUGUAUGAAGUCAUACCUAACCCUAUUGUUCUUUGAGAUUUUGAAUCAAAAUAAACAAUUUUUGAUAAAGACAAACAGUUGGCAACAUUUAAAAAUUGAUGAUAUAUAUCCGCGUGAGCAUUUAUCUGCUUCAACUUUAUAUAUUACGUGGAAUAAAAUUUACAUCAAUUUACGAUAGUUUGCUUGUGAAUUCUGUAGAACGAGAAAGCAUUAGAAUUGAGUGCUCCCGUGGUGAUAGCAAAGCAUAAUGGGCUAUAGUUUACUUGUGAGCUCUGUAGUACGAGAAAAUAUCGUAAUUGAUAUUAAUAAAUGGUGGAUGUAUC